ACGCGGCCGCCGGCCCUCGGGCUGGGUACAUUGUCGCGCGCGGCCGCUUCCCCCCGGCCGGGCCCCCGCCGCCCCGCGUUCCACCGAGUGCCAGGCCCCCGGGGGGAGGGAGGGAGGGAGCAGGGCCGGUGGGCGCCUGCGGCGCGCGGCAGGACCCACGGAGUCCCGCGACCCGCCGAGCCUGGAGCCGGGCCGGGGCAGGGAAGCCGGCUCCAGCCCGGAGCGAACUUCGCAGCAGGGCGGGGGGCGGCGGGGACCCCGUCCGGAGCCGGAGGAGGGGGCGGCCGCGGGCCCUCUCGCCUCUGCUCCCGCGUCUCCGGGCACCAUGCUGUCCAACUCCCAAGGCCAGACCCCGCCGGUGCUGUUCCCCAGCCCGCCGCCGCCACCGCCGCAGCAGCAGCAGACCCCCGCCCCGGCCCAGCCUCACCCCCCGGCCCAGCCGCCGCCGCAGCUCCCGCAGCAGUUUCCCCAGUUCCACGUCAAGUCGAGCCUGCAGAUCAAGAAGAACGCCAUCAUCGACGACUACAAGGUCACCACCCAGGUCUUGGGACUGGGCAUCAACGGGAAAGUUUUGCAGAUUUUCAACAAGAGGACCCAGGAGAAAUUCGCCCUAAAAAGACACUGCCGGUUGGUGUACAGCAGGCUGUUUGGCUCGCAGAUGCUCCAGGACUGCCCCAAGGCGCGGCGCGAGGUGGAGCUGCACUGGCGGGCCUCGCAGUGCCCGCACAUCGUGCGCAUCGUGGAUGUCUAUGAGAACCUGUACGCGGGGAGGAAGUGCCUGCUGAUCGUCAUGGAGUGUUUGGAUGGUGGAGAACUCUUUAGCCGAAUCCAGGACCGAGGAGACCAAGCGUUCACAGAAAGAGAAGCAUCAGAAAUCAUGAAGAGCAUUGGUGAGGCCAUCCAGUAUUUACACUCAGUGAACAUUGCUCAUCGGGAUGUCAAGCCUGAGAACCUCUUAUACACCUCCAAAAGGCCCAAUGCCAUUUUGAAACUCACCGAUUUUGGCUUUGCCAAGGAAACCACCAGCCAUAACUCCUUGACCACUCCUUGUUAUACGCCGUACUACGUGGCCCCAGAAGUGCUGGGCCCAGAGAAGUAUGACAAGUCCUGUGAUAUGUGGUCCUUGGGUGUCAUCAUGUACAUCCUGCUGUGUGGGUAUCCCCCCUUCUAUUCCAACCAUGGCCUGGCUAUCUCUCCGGGCAUGAAGAGUCGCAUCCGAAUGGGCCAGUAUGAAUUUCCUAACCCAGAAUGGUCAGAAGUAUCAGAGGAAGUGAAGAUGCUAAUCCGGAACCUGCUGAAAACAGAGCCGACGCAGAGAAUGACCAUCACGGAGUUCAUGAACCACCCCUGGAUCAUGGUGAGCCCUUCUUCUCUCCCCUCAGCAAUCAACGAAGGUCCCUCAGACGCCCCUGCACACCAGCCGGGUCCUGAAGGAGGACAAGGAGCGGUGGGAGGACGUCAAGGAGGAGAUGACCAGUGCCUUGGCCACGAUGCGUGUCGACUACGAGCAGAUCAAGAUAAAGAAGAUCGAAGACGCAUCCAACCCUCUGCUUCUGAAGAGGCGGAAGAAGGCUCGGGCCCUGGAGGCCGCGGCGCUGGCUCACUGAGCCCCAAGCCCGUCCUGCUCCACUGGACGACAAGCAAUAACUCUCGACCGAAUAUAUUUUUUAAACGAAGAGACACAGAACUGUUCACUACCGCUGCCCUCCUUCUUGGCCGCGCGGAGCCUGGAACCCCGUCCGAGGCUGAAUUCUGCCUUUGGCUCCGGCCACCCCAGACAGAGGGAGGCUGGGAGGCCCGGGGGCAGAGAGAAGGGAGCGUGAUGCUCUUGAACCUGUGCUCGUUUUGCAAUUUUAUCAGUGAUUUGACUUAGGAUUUUUAUGAAACUUUUAUGGUUCUAUCUGCCUCUCCUCCUCUCCCAGAAACCGUGUCCCCUCUGGAUACUGCAGGGGUCUGGGGCUUGUUAGGGGGCCUGUGGAACCUGUCACAGGGAGCGUGCCUGUGUUGUCCCGCCUGCCCUCUAGCUCGAGGCCAUAGAGGGCUGGGGCCAGGGUGGCCCCUCCUUUCCUCAGACCCCCAGACAUCACCAGUGUGCCCGCCGGGGAGCCGUGUGAGCGUGUGUGCACGUGGGCCGGGCAGGCAGGGCUGUGGAGGGAGGGGGCGCCGCCGCGGCUGCAGAACCGCCUGCCCCCUCAGGCCCGCCCUGCCCAAGUCCCUGGGAAGCCCGCCCAGGUUCCGAGCCGGGCCCUCCCCAGCCAGCCUCCGGAGGUGGUUCCGGGAGGUGGGGGGGUGACUUCGGGCGCUAGCCCCACAGUCAGGAAGCCUGGACCGCCCCCCGUGCCCCUCCACCCCCGCCCCUCGUGCCAGUCCAGGCCUCUGAGGCGCGGCUCUACCGAGUGACCUCUGCACCUCCCCUUCCAGCCAUCACUCACCCAUCCUUGUUUCUAUUUCUUACAUUUUUACCCAUCUCUCCAUAGCCUUCUCUCAGCCCACACGGUGAGGCUGGGAAGUAGGUGGCGCAGAGCUCCUGCCUCCCGGGUGCUGCCCGGGCUCUGGGGCCGCCGGCCAGCUGCCCCUUGUGGGCAAAGGACCGCCGCUCUUGCGGGGCUGCUGCAGAAUGCCAUUGUGUGGCCCGGCGGGCCGGGGGGGGAGUCUUCGCGCCAAAGAUACCCCGACUCUGCCCCUUCCGCAUUAGCCGUCCAUCCCCACCCCAGACGACUCAGCUUCCUGUGUCCAGGCCAGUGAGGGGAGCGUGCGGUGGGCCCUCCCCAGUAUCAGUGAGGAGCCCCAUGGGGAGAGGUCCUGUGGGCCGCGGUCCCCUCGGGGCAGGGGCGGCAGUGAUGCUUUAGUUUUCAUCUCCCUCAGGGGCAAGGUGGUGGAGGGGCCCCCAGGGUCCCCUCCGGGCGUCGGGGAAGGGCUCAGUGCCUGCAGUGCCUUCCCAGCUCUGAUGAAUUGUCAGCACGCAGACUGUUGUAACUGUUGUUUUGUAUGAGCAAAAUUGUCUUUACUAAACUGAUUUAAUAGUUGAAA